ACGUGUAUCUCUCUCUCUCUUAGUUUUUUUGAAUUUUCAAAACGCUGUUAUUGGAACCAAAAACGCUAAAUAAAUUACAAUAAUUUUUAAUUAACGUUCAACUACUUAUAUUGUUUUUUUUAUUUGCCAUUGUUGAGAUCUUUGAAAUAAAAUAAAACACACAAAUAAAUAAAACUAGUGGGUGUAUUUUUCUAACUUUAAGUCGUGUUUUUUCUAUGAUUUUUUCCAAUUAUUUAUACAAUUCCUAUAUCAAUAUGAUUUUAAUGAAAACAGUUUUAAGUUGAAUAGAAGAAGAAAAAAAAGAAUUACAAAAUAACUUGUGUAAAUUAAAACGUAAAAGAAGUGAAAAAAUAAUAUCAAAAGUUAAACAAAAUUAAAAAUUUUAAAUAAAUCACGAAAUCUUACGAAAAUUUUAAGUGUUAACAAAAAAUCAACAGCAGCAGCAGCUAUAACAACAAAACACCAACAUAAUGAAGAUAGCAACAACUUUAACGCCACCAACACCACCUUCGCUAUUUAGAGGAGCCCUAAAUAAGCGCAGCAUUUAUUUAACCAUCUUGUGUCUCAUCAUUGCCACACUAUGGAAUACACACAGUGUGUCGGCAGCCCCAGCCAAACUUGACUCACUUGAUUCAACAUUUCCAUUAGAUUUACAACCGCCCAUCUUUGAGGCCACAGCAACGGCAUCAUCAUCACCCACACCAGCCAACGGAAACAGCGAUGCCACCACAAUCGACAGCUAUGGCAAUCCCAUUGAAAGCCUACAACCGAUACAAACUCCCGAUGGUCGAAAGGUUGUAAGCGCCCAAGGUCUACAAUUUGAAAUACCAAAUUAUGCCUCGGGCAUAACUGAACUUAAGAAGCCCUCUGAUGAUUUACUGCCACCAUUUGUUGAUCCCAUUGUCGUUGCACUACCAAAUGAAUCCACAAAUGCAGGUACUUCGUCAUCGGCCGAAACAUCAACCAGCGUCGAUGUUGAAAGUGUUCCCCUGCUGGAAGUCAAAACGCAGCCUGCCGCCACAGCUUUUGGUUCCAAGGCAGCUCUCUUUAAAGGUUUACCCGAUUAUAUAUUGGAACUUAAUGAUCCCGAUAUAGGUGGUCCGGUGGAUUAUGAACCUUCGCAGGAUAAUCGUGGUUUGAAUGUUAUAGCCUGGGAUUUGUUGCCGCCUUUGGAGAUGGCGGUGUUGGAGGAUAAAUCUAUUAGUCAUAGUAAUAAAGUCAGCGUAACAACUGGUCACAAUUUGAAUGCUCAAAACUAUCAGACAUCUAGUCAUACUACACUGCAACCUCAAUUAGGCUCUAGAAAUUCCUUUGAGACAACAACCAAACCCAGCUAUACACAAAAUAGAGGAGCAUCUUACUACAGCAGCAGCACGACAACGUCAACUACACCCAGAACUACAACAACAAGACGUACGACCACUACAACCCGCGCCACCACAACAACAACACCCAGAACUACCACCACACCUAGAACUACCACUACACCCAGAACAACUACCACCACCACCACCCGAAGAACCACUACUCCAAGAACCACUACUCCCAGAACUACAACUACCACCACCAGCACCACACCCGAACCAGACUCCUCUGAAUUCUUUAAAUUAGCGGCAGGAGAUUCCUAUACUCUGCCACCCUGGCUGCAAGAUAUCGAUGAUCCCGAGCUAGAUGUAGCUGUGGCCUUUAUAGUACCCGAAGAUAUUAAUGAAUAUAAUCACACUUUGGACAGAGACAUAUUGCCGCCUCUAGAACCCUAUACCGAUUUGAAUAAUAUACAUUUGACACCACCUCCAUACUUCAAAGAUGUCAUUACUACACCCAGAACUACGACGGUGUCCACAAGCCAGCCUCAUUGGAUUAGAGCCAAACCAACAGCAGCCAAACCCACUAUAGCCACAUUUAACAAUCAAUUCACUAGUCUUAGUCCAUCCAUAUCAUCAACUAAUUAUGCACAGCGCACUACGAGCACCAGCACCACCACCACAACCACAACAGUCAAACCAAAAACUACCCAAAACUACUAUAACCGACAACUUUCCUCCACAACUCCUCAAACAGAUAAAAUCGAAAGCAGCAGCAGCAAUGAGGAUUUAAAUAAAAAGCAAAGAAAUCCCUUUUUACCUUCUGGAUUUGAUGAUGGCAAAUAUAAACCCCAGGCCACCACUAGAAGAACUACCACCACCACUACACCAGCUCCCGUAAUUGUAGAGGAAAAUCCCUUCGAGCCCACCAUACCACCCUGGCUUAAAGAUUUCGAUUAUCCCGAUCUAGCACCCGGUGUACCCUUCGUCUACGAUCCCAAUGAGGAUGAAAGUCCCGUGGACAAAAACAUUUUGCCACCUUCUAAGACAGACGACACUAACAAGCCCACAUUCAUCUCGAAUCCAUCCUCCUCCUCCACCUCUCCCUUUUUAAAUUCUCAAACGCCUCAGGGUUUCACAAAUAAAUUCACUUCUUCCGCUACUUCCCUAGCUUCUUCUUCUUCUAUCCCAUCAAUUGUAACAAUUCCACUCCCAUCCACACAAACAAACCAAGAUGAUAGUACGUUUACGCGACCCCCUCUCGUGUUCGUACCACCACCGCCCACCUCAGCGGCUGGCAUCAUCAUCAGCAGUGCUGAUAAGGCCGUUGAUAUAACAAACACAAAAACCUCAUCAACAUUUAACACAAAUUUUGCAGCACCCUUUGAGCCUGCCACCACCAGCUCGGCUGCGGGACAGACAACAGCCACUGGCGGCGACCAAAAGAAGGUACCCCUGAGUGCUGAUCGUGAAUCUUUCCCGCCCUUCAACAAUGUUAUUAGCGGCGGCAGCUCCUCCUCCUCCACCAUACCCAGCAAGACCACCUUUACCAAGAGCGAAGAUGGCAAAGUCAUCACCAAUAAUAUCUUCCUGAGUGGUGGUGUUGGAGCGACAUCGGUGAAGCCAUUUGGUUCGAGUCAAACUACUAAUAGCCAGGAGAAAGGUACCUUUACCACCCAAUCUUUUACGGGCUCAACCUUUACCAAAUCCACCACAGACUCCACUGUAUUCAAACAAUUCGGCACCACUUCAUCGGCAGCCUCUGGUUUUGUAACAUCUGCAGGAGCAACAUCCUCAAGCUUUGGAUCUACUUCCAGCAAUGAUGCAUCAAAAUAUACCGGACGUUUUGGAGGUCCCCCCGGAGUAUUGGCACCUCAAAAUACUGGCUUCACCAGCGCCAGCACAACAGUUACCAAAUCAUAUAACAAGCCAGCAUUUACAACUUUGGGAGUAACGGCCUCUCCAGGUGUAGCAACCAGCAAUCACAAGUUUACUGGAAGUUUUGGAGGACCUCCAGGAGUAUUGAAGCCCUAUGAUAAUGUUAAGAACCGUUAAGAGCUGAAUAAAUAAAAGAGGGAAGAAUACAUAUUAUUUUUUUUUAGAUUUAGUUAAAUUAUUUAUGAGAUGAAGAAACAAAGCAAAAGAAAUGGACAAUAAUUUUUUUUAUUAUAAGUUUGAAUUGUUUAUUUUUUUUAUAUAAAAAUAUUUGUUAAUUUAACCUUAAAUUGAGAAUACUCAACAAAAUUUAUAUUAUUUUUUUUUUUACUAAAUAACACGAAAUAAUUUAUUAUUUUUUAAAAAAAAAAGAAAAAAUAAAUAAAUUUUAACCUAAAGCAAUUAAUUACCUUUUAAAUUGUAUGAUAAAUAAAUAUUGUAUGUUAAAUGAAUACAAAAAGAAAUAAAUGGCUUUAUUUUGGUAAUUCUUAUUUUUGAUUUUAUGAUUAUUAUUAUUAUUUUUUUUUGGUAUUUAAUAAAUUGCUAAUAAAAUUUAAACGACAACAAAUUUUUUUUAAGAAAACAAAAAAAAAGAAA